AUGGAAACAGCACUAUUGUUGUUAGUGAAACGAUGUUCACACGUUGUUGUGCUCUGUACUUUUCCAGAAAUCUCCCCUUUCGUCAAACAGGAUCCUCCCACCCUGGACAAACCUCUGCCUGUCACUGCCAGUGUAACCGUACUUCCCGUUAACACGGUCCUGUCCCGCCCUCCUCCCAUGGUCCAGGUGGCCCAGCAUCCUGCCGUGCCCCUUAAACCGCCACACUGCUCGCCAGCGCUGACCCCCGACACCCGGCUGGACGCCCUCCUGGUCUCCACGGUGGGCGCAGACGCUGACCCACAAACUCUGAAGCUGAUGGACGACUUGCACUCACCGGCAGUCGCCGCCAUGGAUGUGGACUUUAGCGGCGGCGCGGCACCCUCCGCUUUGACCUUGCACAGUGCCAGCAUGGACAACAUGGACUGGCUGGACCUGACGCUGUCUGUGCCAGCAGAGGGCGCCCUUCACCCGCUGGACAUGUCCACGCCUGUGGGUGUCUUCUCCGCCGACUUCCUGGACUCUCAUGAGCUGUGUUGAUGGAGAACGAGGUAAAUCUACGUAAAUGGUGCAUACAGCAGAGAGUCAUCAGUACGAGGCAUACUACUCAACAUAAUACUCCUAUGUAAUCCAUAUACAGCAUAUUAUUUGUAUUCAAAACAGUUCAUUUACUCGUGUAAUUGUGCAUCAACAGUUAAGAGAAAGGGGAUUCAUCUGCACAAGUGGAGACCGGGAAGAGUGUAAAUCAGGAAUUUGGCAUUUUUGGGGAAAAAUUAGAUGACGUACAGUGGUUAAAAAUCAGUUAUGUGCCAUCACACUAGUGCUAUACACAAGAAGGAAACCCCUGUGCUCUGCAGCCGGGGUCCAGACACUGCAGCAUCAGAUUUCUGCUGACACGUACUUUGUGUUUAUAAGUUCAGCUCCAUAUGAAUCCAUGAAAGAUGAAGGGCAUUUAAUGUCAACAUCAGCUCCUGAACCGUGAAGGUGAAUUCUUACACCUGUAAAGGACGCUUCAGAUAAACACAAGUUUUUAUAAA